CGGAAUGGAUGUGAUCAGUAUGGAUCGCCUUGUAGUGUGCUUCUUUCAUCAGCACGCCGAAAGCCAAUUAUUGCUCCAAUUGGAAACAUCACUGAAACCCCACUAUUCUUCAACGUAGCAAAGGAAAGACGAUGCGUAUCUAAUGCCACAGAGGUGGACUUCGAUCCUGACAGCACUUGUCUUCCCAAUGAGAAAUGCAUUAACGGAGAGUGCAGAAUGUACGUUGGAAACUGUGGCCCGGCGAGUAUGGAUGUACAAGCGAUGAAGAGUGCUCCUCACGUUGCCCUAACACUUAUUGUGAAAAAAAGAAAAGUGACAAAAAUGUCGCACAAUGCCAGUGUCGCGACGGACAACUUCUUUUUGGACGAUGCUGUCAUUUCUCAGUGUCCUCAAGGUUUCCAUGAAUCCGGUGCCUACUGUAUGCAUGACGAUGAAGACGCUUUCUGGACAGACGGUGACGCACAGGAUCGCAUCAAAGCCCUUUUGAACGCCUCACCAUGCUGA